AUGUCAGGUCAUGAUCGUCACAGAUCUUUAUGGGAGCAUUAUUACAAAGAUUGUCAUGGUAUUAUUUUUAUAAUCGACAGCAGCGACAAGCUACGAUUGGUCGUUGUUAAAGAAGAAUUGGACAUGCUUCUUCAGCAUCCGGACGUAGCAGGUCGUAAAAUACCGAUUCUCUUUUUGGCAAACAAAAUGGACUUGCCGGAUUCUCUAACUACUGUGAAACUUGUUGCUGGACUUGGUCUUGACCGUGUACAAAAUAAACCGUGGCACAUACGAGCAACAAAUGCGAUCACCGGAGAAGGGUUACAGUCAGGCAUAGAAUGGUUUACUGAUCAAAUCCGUGACAUAUACAUUAAUAAAAGAUAA